AUGCCCAUUAUAGUCAGGCAGCUCCGCCAUCACCCAGACACCUUCCCAGCUUUGCCAUCACCCAGACACCUUCCCAGCUCCGCCAUCACCCAGACACCUUCCCAUCUCUGCCAUCACCCAGACACCUUCCCAGCUCCGCCAUCACCCAGACACCUUCCCAGCUCCGCCAUCACCCAGACACCUUCCCAGCUCCGCCAUCACCCAGACACCUUCCCAGCUCCGCCAUCACCCAGACACCUUCCCAUCUCUGCCAUCACCCAGACACCUUCCCAGCUUUGCCAUCACCCAGACACCUUCCCAGCUUUGCCAUCACCCAGACACCUUCCCAGCUCCGCCAUCACCCAGACACCUUCCCAGCUUUGCCAUCACCCAGACACCUUCCCAGCUCCGCCAUCACCCAGACACCUUCCCAGCUCCGCCAUCACCCAGACACCUUCCCAGCUCCGCCAUCACCCAGACACCUUCCCAGCUCCGCCAUCACCCAGACACCUUCCCAGCUCCGCCAUCACCCAGACACCUUCCCAGCUUUGCCAUCACCCAGACACCUUCCCAUCUCCGCCAUCACCCAGACACCUUCCCAGCUCUGCCAUCACCCAGACACCUUCCCAGCUCCGCCAUCACCCAGACACCUUCCCAGCUCCGCCAUCACCCAGACACCUUCCCAGCUCCGCCAUCACCCAGACACCUUCCCAGCUCCGCCAUCACCCAGACACCUUCCCAGCUCCGCCAUCACCCAGACACCUUCCCAGCUCCGCCAUCACCCAGACACCUUCCCAGCUCCGCCAUCACCCAGACACCUUCCCAGCUCCGCCAUCACCCAGACACCUUCCCAGCUCUGCCAUCACCCAGACACCUUCCCAGCUCCGCCAUCACCCAGACACCUUCCCAGCUCCGCCAUCACCCAGACACCUUCCCAGCUCCGCCAUCACCCAGACACCUUCCCAGCUCCGCCAUCACCCAGACACCUUCCCAGCUCCGCCAUCACCCAGACACCUUCCCAGCUCCGCCAUCACCCAGACACCUUCCCAGCUCCGCCAUCACCCAGACACCUUCCCAGCUCCGCCAUCACCCAGACACCUUCCCAGCUCUGCCAUCACCCAGACACCUUCCCAGCUUUGCCAUCACCCAGACACCUUCCCAGCUUUGCCAUCACCCAGACACCUUCCCAGCUCCGCCAUCACCCAGACACCUUCCCAGCUCCGCCAUCACCCAGACACCUUCCCAGCUCUGCCAUCACCCAGACACCUUCCCAGCUCUGCCAUCACCCAGACACCUUCCCAUCUCUGCUAUCACCCAGACACCUUCCCAGCUCCGCCAUCACCCAGACACCUUCCCAUCUCCGCCAUCACCCAGACACCUUCCCAUCUCUGCCAUCACCCAGACACAUUCCCAGCUCCGCCAUCACCCAGACACCUUCCCAUCUCUGCCAUCACCCAGACACAUUCCCAGCUCCGCCAUCACCCAGACACCUUCCCAUCUCUGCCAUCACCCAGACACCUUCCCAUCUCUGCCAUCACCCAGACACCUUCCCAGCUCCGCCAGCUCCGCCAUCACCCAGACACCUUCCCAUCUCCGCCAUCACCCAGACACCUUCCCAUCUCUGCCAUCACCCAGACACCUUCCCAGCCCUGCCAUCACCCAGACACCUUCCCAUCUCUGCCAUCACCCAGACACCUUCCCAUCUCUGCCAUCACCCAGACACCUUCCCAGCUCCGCCAGCUCCGCCAUCACCCAGACACCUUCCCAUCUCCGCCAUCACCCAGACACCUUCCCAUCUCUGCCAUCACCCAGACACCUUCCCAGCCCUGCCAUCACCCAGACACCUUCCCAUCUCCGCCAUCACCCAGACACCUUCCCAUCUCCGCCAUCACCCAGACACCUUCCCAGCUCCGCCAUCACCCAGACACCUUCCCAGCUCCGCCAUCACCCAGACACCUUCCCAGCUCCGCCAUCACCCAGACACCUUCCCAGCUCCGCCAUCACCCAGACACCUUCCCAGCUCCGCCAUCACCCAGACACCUUCCCAGCUCCGCCAUCACCCAGACACCUUCCCAGCUCCGCCAUCACCCAGACACCUUCCCAGCAUACUUCUCCUACAGGGAACAGGUUUCCCAGAAGGCUGUGCUUCACACAAACAUGGGGAUGACUGUGCUACUAGGAAGAGGUGGAAUCUCUCACUCGUCCUCUCAGCCCUACUCUAUCCUGCUCUGA